AUGAAUCGUGUUGCAGAGCGAAUGAACCGAGCUCUUAAGGACAUGGUCUUUGUAUCUAUUAUUGUUCAAGACACAGUUAUAGUACAAGAGCACAAUAAGAAUCCUACUGUAGAUCCAGUUACAGUACAAGAAAACAAUGAGAAUAUCGUUGUUGCUCAAGAUGCUGCUACAGCAGUGUUGAAAAAAUUUCAGAAGGCACAGCGUCCUGCGGUAGAGAGGGAAACUGCUUACACCGAACCCCAUUUGUUCCACAAGCUGCUCCAUUCAGCUAUACAGCUAAUGAAGCAGAUGCUAAUUCUGGUAAGACUCCAGAACAGUGUGCCCUUCUUGUGGAAUUCAAAAGGGUUGAAGGAGGUCUUGUUUUUAGAUAAUGAGAUUGUCUUCAAUGAGACUAUCAUUGAAGAAAGAGAGCAUGGCAUUCAAGCAAUUCAGCAGCAAAUUGGUGAAGUAAAUGAAAUUUUUAAAGACCUUGCUGUGCUUGUGCAUGAACAAGGAACUAUGAUUGGUUUAGUUGUUAUUUAG